UUCUACAAUAAUUUUUGUUCGCUUCUGCAUACCGCUCGACAUCAACCUCGUGUUUUCCUAAAUCUGUGGAAUUUGUAUUUAAAUAUUGUAUUAAUACCAAUUCAAUAAAAUGGUAGCCAAAACAUUAAAUCCUAAAAAAGCAGGCAAGCAGAACCCAAAGAAAAAACAGACUUUGGAAAAAGCCCCCAAAGCAGUUUCUCCAGCGUCAGAAUCUGCAUCUGAAAAUGAAACUGAAACUAAAAUGGAAGUAGAAGUCGAACAAAAUUCAGAUGUGCGUGAUGUUGGCGUUGAACAAACACUUCUCAUUACGAAUCUUCCAGGCAAGGCUAAUCGUUCCCACAUUAUCAAUCUAUUUGCGCCCUAUGGAAAGAUUCAGUUAGUUCUAUUCACAAAAACCAAUAAUGAAGGCAAAGCUAGUGCCUACGUUGUUUUGGAUAGUGCCGAAGGUGCUAAAAAGGCUCUGGAACUCAACGGAAAAAAGAUCCAAACUGACGAGAUAAUUGUGCAGAAACCUUAUGAUGUGAAAGCAAACAUAGAUCCCACAAGGAAAGUUAAAAACUUCGUACUUCAAACUCCAACCAAUACAGUCUUUGUUCAAAAUAUGAAAAAAACUACUUUUAAUUUAACAUUGAAAAACUUCUUUUCGAGUUGCGGCGAAGUGGAAUAUGUUAGAAUUUUAAAAGAUCACAAGACCCAACUGUCGAAAGGAAAGGGAUUUGUGUGCUUCAAGGAUCCCGCUUCAAUAAGUGCGGCUUUGAAGUUAAGUGGCAAGAAGCUUGAUGAUCAGGAAAUCAGUGUCGAACCAUUUGAAGAACGCCCAAAGAAAACGUUUAAAAGCUUCAAUAAGGACUCAAACUCAAAGAAGCCUCAGAAAAAAGUUGCCUCUCAAUAAGAGUAAUUUGGGAAUGUAAUUGACGAGUUUAAUUUUGUAUGACUUUGAAUUGUUUAGGUUAGAAAUAAGAAAAUUUAUGGAAUAAAACAUAAAACGACAAAUGAAA